AUGGAGGGGAACGUUCGAAAUCUUUCUCUCAUACACAUAAACCUGAUACGCUUAUGUGUCAUAAUAGUUUAUCUAUCUAUCUAUCUAUCUAUCUAUCUAUCUAUCUAUCUAUCUAUCUAUCUAUCUAUCUAUCUAUCUUAUUCCCGUAUGUUCCUAUCUAUCUAUCUAUCUAAUUCCUGUAUUUUUUUCCCUUCCUAUCUAUCUAUCUAUCUAUCUAUCUAUCUAUCUAUCUAUCUAUCUAAUUCCUAUCUAUUUUCCUUUCCUAUCCUAUCCUAUCUAUCUAUCUAUCUAUCUAUCUAUGUUGGUGUAGUUAUAUUAAUAUAUCUUUGUCUAUUCAUAUCCGUCUAUCUACUUUUGGCCUACACAUAUCUAUCUAUCUAUCUAUCUAUCUAUCUAUUAUCUAUCUAUCUAUGUUGGUGUAGUUAUAUUAAUAUAUCUUUGUCUAUUCAUAUCCGUCUAUCUACUUUGGCCUACACAUAUCUAUCUAUCUAUCUAUCUAUCUAUCUAUCUAUCUAUCUAUGUUGGUGUAGUUAUAUUAAUAUAUCUUUGUCUAUUCAUAUCCGUCUAUCUACUUUGGCCUACACAUAUCUAUCUAUCUAUCUAUCUAUCUAUCUAUCUAUCUAUCUAUGUUGGUGUAGUUAUAUUAAUAUAUCUUUGUCUAUUCAUAUCCGUCUAUCUACUUUUGGCCUACACACAUAUCUAUCUAUCUAUCUAUCUAUCUAUCUAUCUAUCUAUCUAUGUUGGUGUAGUUAUAUUAAUAUAUCUUUGUCUAUUCAUAUCCGUCUAUCUACUUUGGCCUACACAUAUCUAUCUAUCUAUCUAUCUAUCUAUCUAUCUAUCUAUCUAUCUAUCUAUCUAUCUAUCGUUCUGAAUCUAUCUAUCUAUCUAUCCAAUUCUGUUCAUUAUCUAUCUAUCUAUCUCAGUCUGUUCGUUAUCUAUCUAUCUAAUUCUGUUCAUUAUCUAUCUAUCUAUCUAAUUCUGUUCCUUGUCUAUCUAUCUAUCUAUCUAUCUAUCUAUCUAAUUUUGUUCAUUAUCUAUCUAUCUAUAGAGAAAAAAUAUUACAAACAUCUAUUUUGGUCUAUUCAUGUUCGUCUAUCUAUCUAUCUAUCUAUCUAUCUAUCUAUCUAUCUAAAUAUGUCCAUUAUCUAUAUAUCUAUCAAUCUAUCUAUCUAUCUAUCUAUCUAUCUAUCUAUCUAUCUAUCUAUCUAG